GCAGGCGCUGAUCAACCGGGGGGUGAAUCUCGACCCCCUGGGGAAGUGGUCAAAGACCGGCCUGAUCAUCUUCGAUUCGUCCGUCCCCAUUGGUGCCACUCCUGAGUACCUCGCCGGACACUACAUGCUCCAGGGAGCCUCUAGCCUGCUGCCGGUCAUGGCCCUUGCCCCCCAAGAGAACGAGAAACUGCUGGACAUGAGCUGCGCCCCGGGGGGCAAGACCUCGUACUGUGCUCAGCUCAUGAAGAACACAGGACUGAUCGUUGCCAAUGACUCGAACCGGGAUCGGCUGAGGAGUGUGGUGGGGAACCUCCAUCGCCUGGGAGUCACCAACGCCAUCAUCUGUAACUACGAUGGCCGCCAAUUCCCCAAGAUAAUGGGUGGUUUUGACCGAGUGCUCCUCGAUGCUCCCUGCAGUGGGACCGGAGUCAUCUCCAAAGACCCAGCAGUGAAAACGACCAAGGACGACCUGGAUAUCCAGCGCUGCGCCCACCUGCAGAAGGAGCUCAUCCUGUCCGCCAUUGACUCGCUGAACGCCGCUUCUCCGACUGGCGGGUACCUCGUCUACUGUACCUGCUCUGUCACGGUGGAGGAGAACGAGUGGGUGGUGGACUACGCCCUGAAAAAGCGUCACGUUAAACUGGUGCCGACCGGCCUGGAUUUCGGGAAGGAGGGUUUCACCAGGUUCCAGGAGCGCCGCUUUCACCCCUCCCUCCGCCUGACGCGACGCUUCUACCCCCACACUCACAACAUGGACGGCUUCUUCGUGGCCAAGUUCAAGAAGUACGCCAACUCCCAGCCGCCUAAUGCUCCGGCUGCGGAAACGCCGGCCGGGGGGGUCGCGCCGGAGGCCGCCGAGGGCCGGGGGUCGGAGGUCGCGGAGCCCCCCGGCGACCCCGCCCCCGCCCCCGCCCCUGCCCCCGGAGGGAAGCGGAAGGAACCGUGGCCGGCCGUCCGGAAGGGGGCGGUCCGACCCGGGGUCAGGGGUCGGAAGGUCGGCCCCAAGGCCAAGCUGCAGAAGAGGCUGACGGGCCCGGGGUUCAGAGGGCGGCGGAAGGUCAAGGGGCAGAAGGCUCGAUGAGCGCCAAGUCGGACUGGACCCUGGACGUGAAGGGCUGGGGGUGGGGGUCUGGG